AAACACCCAAAACGAAGCCUCCAAAAACCAUUUCCUCUGCACCGGUGCUCCCUGCUCUUCUCUGACCAAACACGCGCAAAGCCUCACCUCCUAUGCUCGCCGGUGUUGGCCGCCACCGGUGACGAUGCCCAGCCCGCUGAAGUGCCCUUCGCCCGGCGGCCGCCUCGGCCGCAUCCUCGCCUCCCUCCGCUCGCCGGCCCGCGCGGGGCCGCUUCCCGUCCAGACCGGCUUCCCGACCUCCCUCGCCGACCUCGUGGUCAAGAACCAUGUCCGCCUCAAGAACCCCAGGAGGCGCCCCCGCCCCAGCGCCACCCCGUCGUCCCCCGCGCCCCCGGUCUUCGCCGCGGAGCCGGUGCCCCGGCAAAGUCGCGAGUUUUCGGUGGUUCAAGACGCGGCGGCACGGCCUAAAGGCGCGGCCUUUAGCAUCCGCCCGGAGCUCCUCACGGUCGGCGGCGCCGUGGCGCUCGCGCUGCUGCUGGUCUGGAGCAAGUGGCUGGUUGCGGCGGCCACUCUCGCGUCGGUGGUGCUUUACUGGAUCGACUCCAUCAGGUCGUCCGCCUCCCGCCGGCGGGCACGGCCCGAGGCGGCUGAGCUGGAUUUGUGCGGAUGCGGCCGCGUAUCUCCUAUUCGGGAGGCGGAAUCUGAGGCCGAGACGCCCAGGUCGAGCUGCGCCGACUCGGACAAGGUAACCGAGGUCUCCUCCCUCUGGGCCGCCGACAACAGCGACAUCACCGGCGGCGACGAUUCGAUCAACCCGAAGAGGAAGGAGAAGAAGAGAUCGUUUAGGAAGCUAAUCGCUAAGAAGCUGCACAACGACAAGAGGUCCAAGGACAAGGACUCCCCGGGCUCUCGCCACGGCGGCGAGAGCAAGCACCCAGACGCUGGCGAGGCGGGCGUCGACGCCGGACCAGUAAAAACCGAGCCUUUAGUUACUCCCGCCGAGCAGACGACGGCACCGGAAGCGAUCACUGACGAGAGGUGUCGACGAGGGGGCGCAUUGCCUUUGGCUGCGUUCAUCCCGAUCAUCCUCGUCGGCCUCGUCGCGGGGAAGCUCCCGGCGGUGGCUCUAAUCGUGCUCUGCGCCGUGUUCUUCAGCUCAAUCGAGAGAGUACCCAGCUAGCUAGUGAUCUGAGGUAGCCGCGUUCGGUUCAGUUCUUUUGUUGUAAAUUAGGCGGAAGAGACAGAAAUGUACACAUGUUCUUGGUUUCUUCUGGGGUUGUCUGAACUUUGCAAUUGCAUUCCUUCUUGAAUCCGAAUAAGAAGUGAAAUGGUAAAACCUGCUGUUCUGUAUGUGUUGAAUUCUCAAGCUCGCUCUUUCAUUUGAUUGCUCAGGUGUUGCUUUCGCAACUGGAGACC